CUUUCGAGUUCCCAAGUCUAACCUAUUGGAAUUUGUGAUAAGAAUACUCGAAUAUUAUUGUUAAAAAAUCCACUAAAAACAACUUUAUAAAUAUGAAGAAUGGACGAUAAUGCAAGGAACUCAUCAUCUUAUCACUUGGAUCAAGAAAUACUCGAUGCGCGAGGAAUCAACAUGACAGUGGAAGAAGUGGCCGGUUUACCAACAAUAAAAUAUUCGGAACGCGUCCAGUCGUUAAAACUUAAAGAGGAAGAUCUGGCAUUCCUGAAGGGAUUACGUAGAAGGAUCAAGAACAGGCUAGCGUCCCAGAACAGCCGCCGUCGCAGUAUGGAACACCUCCGACGGUUGACCCGGGAGCUGCGGGCGGUACGCGCGUGCCGUGAUGAUGCAAUAGAGGAGAGACGAGCUCUCGUGCUGCAGAGGGAGGCGACGCGCGACCGCUGCCAGAAGCUGCGCCUGUAUAUCUCACAAAUCUUGAAGGAACGUCACGACCCUACAGAAAUUCCUUCCAUAGAGACCGCCACGGUGGCUCACGAAUCUCAACCGGAUCCGCCCAAAGAGAAACGCGUAAGCGUGACAGAGACAAAAACACCCCUCCUCUCCGAAUGUUUCAACAAGAUAGAAAGAGACAAAAGCAUAUUCGAGUGUCGCAUAGACAAGCUGGUGCAGCAAAGCGUGAACCAUAUAUAUAAGAAUGAAAAAAAAGUGUACGCCAAAACAGUUUUUAUCACAAACGAGAAAUACAGUUCGGAUAUCAAGUCUAUGGUUUUAACCGACAAUAUAGGGGAGGAUUUGAAGGUUUUAGGUGGUGAAUUGAAGGGGUUAGGCGAGGAGCUGAAGGGGAUGCUGGAAUGUGAUAAUGGGGGCGUGUUGAACUUGUGUGUGAAGGAGGGUAGAAGACGGAGUCACGGUAGGAAGCAGUCGGCGCCGAGAAGGAUCGCUUACUGUUGCAACGACAGUAACGAUGGCGUGCUCGAUUUGAAAAUAAAAAAAGACAAUCAGUGACCUUUUAUCAAGAAGCAACUGUUUACAAGACCAAAUAAUAUAGUAUGUAUACAAAAAGUAGUUCGUAAGAUAUGCAACGACCAUACAGACACACAAUGCCGGGUGCAUUUAUGGCGUUUGUUCAUAAGUGUGAAUAUGCAGGUAGAAGGGACACUACCGGGGAUUCUGAUUCUGUUGUUUAUGGGAUGAUAAUGGGAUGGUAACCCCGCCUGCGCUAUCGGUAUACGCUGGCGGGGUACCAGUGAAGGGUGAUAGGUGAAAAUGAAGCAGAUCAGUUGGCCCAUCAUGACGAAACAGGGGGAACUGCGUGGAGUUCGACCUGACAGAGUACGUUGCUAAAGAUGGGGCUGUUAGACCUCUAUUAAAAAAGGGGUGAAGAGUUCAAGGUCAUGUGUGUAAUACCUCUAAGCAGAUGUUCAGAGGCUACAGUGAUCACUUACCAUGGGGGAGGGACGGUAUUGUCAGUAAUAGGUUCUCAUUUCCCCAUAACUACCAAUACACCUUAUCAGGUCGACCUCCACGCAGUUCCCCCUGGAAACUGUUAUAAUUAAUUCUAGUGGAAUUCGUCACGAUUGGCUGACUGGCCUGCCUUUUCAUUCCCACCUAUCAUCCCUCACUGGUGUCCCGCCGGUGUAUACCGAUGUCGCAGGCGGGGUACCAUUAAAUUAUCUUCUAUUAAAAAAACUACUUACUGUCAGGCGGGCCGUAUGCUUGUGUAGUUCGUUUUAGAACUCAAUAGUAUAAAAAUCACAAAUAAUUAUUACUUUGUCCUUUAAGAGGUAAAGCAGUUAUGGUUGGCGACCGACACACGUUAUAAGCACCUGUAUGUCCAGGGUACAGAGGCAUAACACCUGAGUCCUCAGGAAUGGCAACGCAUGGGGGGUAUCAUGGGCGAAACAGUAUACUCUGUUAUGUCCAUGGUACUGCUCAUGUCUAUAUUCGACGGUUACCACUUUCCAUCAGGUGGGCCGUCAGCUUGUUUGCCAUUCUAAGUUGUAUAAAAUAAUGUGUGUCGCAAUAUGUAAUUAUUUGUUGAUUAUGAAUAAAAUUACAACCCAAUAGGGGGGAAAGGGAUUGUUAGUAAUGCGGACUAUCAGUCCCAUUGCUAGCAAUAUACCUUGUCAGGUCGAUCUCCACAUGGUACUCCCUGGAAACCAUCGUGCUGAAUUCCAGGUGUAUUCAUCACGAUGGGCUAACUGACUUGCCUUUUCAUUCUCACCUAUCAUCCCUCACUGGUGCUCCGCCAGCGUAUACCGUUAGCGCAGGCGGGGUCACCAUUCCAUUAUUAUGCAUUAAAAAAAAAACAUCAAAUAUGUGUGCGGUCUAAAGGCAAGAAUUGUAGGAGAAUAUAUAUUUAUUCGUUUAUAUAUGUAAUUUUAGUAUGUAUGUAUAUCAAUAAUUACUAGUACCGCAUUCGAGUAUUCUGACACUUGCCUACGGUUAACUGGGAGAGAAUGCUUUUAGCAUUAAGUCCGCCAUGUACACAUAUUUGUACUAAAAAAUAAAUAAAUAAAUAAAUAGUAAAGUUGUAAUGAAAAAUUACCAAAAAUAUACAAGUGUCCUUUCUACUUACUUCAUUUGUUCUUAUGAUUUUGUAAAAGAUGGUUCCCACGCAAUAGUACCAUUUAAUUCCUGAUCCUCAAAGAUUAAUCCUUCUUUGCAUAAUGGUGGAAAUUUCCAUCAUAACAUUGAAUGCCCAAAAAUUAUAUAAAGGACCAAGUUUAAGUUGAUCGUGUCUGGAUACCUUUUUAAUGUCUAUUGCAGAAAAAAAACAUAGCUGUCAAAUUUAUUUUUUUAACCAUUUUUCCUUUAAUUUUGAACAUGAAUUAUAUCACCUUGAUUUAUUUCACCAAUAAAAAAAAAUCAUGCAAAGAAGGGUUAACUUCUAGAUUUUGCACGGUAUACACCGUCAACCGUUCAACAAGAGACUGGAAUCGACGUGGUCAUGUUUUUUUUUAUGAAUAUAAUUGACAGAACUCAACGCUAUCGGUAUACCUUGGGAGCACCAGUUAGCACCAGUAACCUCAGUUGACCUAUCAUGAUGAAUUCGACAGGAAUUAACCGUGAUGGGGGAACUGCGUAAAGGUAGACCUGAUAAGGUAUUUUGCUAACUGGGAUAAGCCAGGGGAAAAGGAUUGUUAGUAAUGAAGACUGAGAAUCCCAUUGCUAGCAAUAUACCCAACCAGGUCGACCUCGCGGUUCCCUCUGGAAACUAUCAUGGUUAAUUCCUGGUGAAUUCAUCAUGAUGGGCUAACUGGCCUGUUUUCAUUCUCAUCUAUCACCCUUCACUGGUGCUACGUCAACGUAUCCCGUUAGCGUAGGCGGGGUUACCAUACCAUUUUCACCCAUAAAAAAAACUGGGAUAAGCCCCCCCCUCUAAAAAAAGUGAUAGACUUCAGGGUCGGUAAAGCAAAAAUAUAUGCUGCAUUGCUAGCUAGCAAAGCUGUCAUGUCUCCGGUUCCUAAAUGUCACGUCAAUUCCUGUCUCUUGUAAAGCUUCAAGCCAAGACACCUGUAAUAUGUGAAGUGUGAAGGGUGACUUCGAAUCCAUGAGCAUCCUGUAAAGGGAGUGUUAUACCAGCAGAAUUAAACUGUUUAAUUAUUAUUACUAUUGAAAGAAGUAUAAGAUAUAGUAUACCAGAGGGAGACUUUGUACAAAAGUCGUUUGCUUGGCCACCUCUGUCCCAUUCGUGUUUCUACCGUGAAGCAGUUGUAUUUGCAUGGCUGUGUUUCGGUUUGAAGGGUGGGAUAUAGCAGUGAAUUUACAGGGUACAGAGGAAUAACACCCGAGUCCUCAGGAAUGGCAACGCAUGGGAGGUGUCAUGGGCGAAACAGUUUACUCUGUUAUGUCCAUGGUACUGCUCAUGUCUAUAGGCGACGGUUACCACUUUCCAUCAGGUGGGCCGUCAGCUUGUUUGCCAUUCUAAGUUGUAUAAAAAAAGACUGUCCUCACCAGGCAGAAAAAUCUGCAGCGAUGGUUUUUAUCUCCUCAGGGUAUAGCGUGUUAUCCAAAGGAGAUAUAUCGGUUGUGUAUGAGUGGGCUACAGCUAUACAACAUGCGACGAAAAACGUCAAAAAAAAAGUAUCUUCAAUAGUGACAUAAUCAGUUUUGUUGAUUCAAAAACUAAAUUACUCUGUUUCUGAACCGAUUUUGAUAUAAUGCCAAUGGGACCAAUGCAUAAGUGUAUGUUUUCCAGUUGAGAAAAAUAUUUUUCCAAGUUAAUUUACAAGUGACGGAGUUGCGAGGUGAGAAAUAUAAAAAAAAUAUGAACUAAUUAAGUUAAGAACCUUUUUUUCAAGUCGGUUGAAAAUUUGUAAGCCUUCCAUACUAAACGUUGUAAAAUAAGUAUCAUCAUACCAGCCUUUAACUGUCCACUGCUGAACAUAAGUCUCCCCCAAAAAGGGGAGUUUUGCCAGUAGUUGCCACGCUCGGCAGGCGGGUUGGCAACAACAGUUAGGUUUUGUGAUUUUAAAAAAAAAAGAACGGUGCUUCUCAUCCCUUGACCAUUAAGUUCCUUUAGUAGCCUUUUACAACACCCAUGGGAAAGGAAGGGGUGAUCUAUUCCAUGCCGGGACCACUGCAAGCAUAUAUAUUUAUAUAUAAAUUUAAAUAUAUAUAUAUAUAUAAAAGAAAUAAUAAAUAUAUAUAAAAUCUCUUUGGUAAAAAUGUUAAGUUUCACUCGUAGAAGAACACUCCCUUAAAACGAUGCUAACGGAUUCGAUACCACAGUUUCACCCCCUAUUUAAAAAAGUAAAUUGUAGAACAAUUUAUAUAUAUAUAAAAAAAAUGUGCCUUCUAUGAAUUAUUUAAACAUACAAAGUAUGAUAGAGUGUUUUUAUAAAGCAGAUGAAAGAUUAUGUACGUAAAUAUAAGUGUAGACAGAGAUCUGAGAAUGAAAAUGUCUAAGCCAUAUAAUGGUAUUAAAUUUGACAUAAAUUUCUGUCAGAUUAAAUUAGUUUACUCUAUCGGUGGAUUAAGAAUAUAUCAUUUGUUAUUUAGUAUCCUGUAUCAAAUGGAAUUGUUUAAAAUAAUGCCUACAGUCGUCUUUUACCAUCGCAUCGCUCGCCAUCGACAGGGAACUCAUCCUCACACGUUUGAACCUGAAAUGGUCACGUACAGUGCGGUUUCAAAAAAAUUUUCUCCUGCGAACGCUCAGGCUGUGGAAUGAGCUCCCUGCCGAGGUUUUCCUUACAGACUACAGUAUUGGGUAUAUUAAGCAACGCGCACGUGAAACGUCUAGUGUUGCAGGCGUCCAUAGGCUGCAGUAACUGCUUACCAUCAGACGGGCUGUAUGCUUGUUUACUUUCGUGGUAUAAAAAAAAAUUAACACGUUAAUUGCCAUGUCAGCUAUAUCGUCAUAGUGGUAGAAUACUGACGGAUCUAUAUAUAUAAUAAUCGUCAGAUCCGUCAGUAUUCUACGACUAUGACGAUAUGUGUCUGACGCUAAGAAGUUCUACAUAAUCCAUGUCAGACAUACAUGUCUGACGUACGCUAUUUGGUAGAAGGCGGAUAAUGGUAUAUUGUUUCAGUUGUAAUAAGUAAAGUCAUCUAUGUGUGAUGUAAAAAAUAGAGUUCUUCCGGGAAUUUUGGCAAAAAAAAAUUUUUGCGAUACAAUAAGUUAAAGAUUGAUGAAUGUGGAAGAAGCGAAAGAGGUUCGUUUGAAUCGAAGCAUUUGGCGUUCCAUUGUUUCUGCUUACGCUAAUGGGAGACAGGCGUGACAGAUAUGUAUGUAUGUAAUAAGUUUUCUUGAUACAUUUUUAACUAAAAUAUCUAAUAAAGUUACCAUGGCCCAUGUAAAUUUUUUUCUGAUAUCGUGGCCAUUAACGUGUUAAAUGCUAAACGUAUGUUUUACAGGUAAUUUAAUAACGAUACAAUUCACUUAAUUAAAUCUGACAUAAAUUUCUGUCAAAUUUAUCUAAUUUACCUUCGCGAUGAAUUGAAAAUGUGUCAUUUUUAUAUAGUAACCUUUAAUAAAUAAUUUGUAUUAAAUACAUUUAAUUAAAAAUGCGAUUCUAUUUGUAUUUAAUUAUGAACAUGUAUAAUAAUAUAAAUGGCGGCCAGUAACAUACGAACAUUCCCUUCCAGAUCAAAACGUACUUGGCUUUCUAAAUAACUGUACCUUUUUUGUUGCCAUAUUCAGUCUGUCGUCUCAGUGUUGCCAGAUGUAUUUUUUUAUUUUUACCAAAAUGUUAAUAUUUUCUUUCAAAUAGAUAUGAUUUCAUUUAUUUUUAUCCAAUCACAAAUUUAUAUUUUCUUUCAGUACAUUUAGUACCACAAAGUGAAACGAAAACAAGCCCUUUCCUACGUGUUCACAUCUUAUCUUCUCUUAUUCUCUUCUAUUAUUUUCUCCUUAUCUUAUUUCCUGCUCUUAUUCUGUCCUUCUCUUAUCCCAUCCCCUGUUUUGCUACUUUCACUGAUAUAUUGUAUUUUUAUACCACUAUGUGGCAAAUAUAAAAAAUACACAAAUUACUCCAAACCCAUUUUACAUUUCAACAAAAAUUACAUUCCUCAAAAUAUUUUUUAGCAAACAUUAUUUUUCAAUCUGGCAACGUUGAAUCGUCUUAAAACUACUAUCUAUACUAACAUUAGAAAGAGAAAAGAUUUGUUUGUUUAUUUGUAAUUGAUAAAUUCAAAAAAUGCUUAACCUAUAUUAACACUUUGCUGACUGGCAAUACCGUCAUGAGUGAAAUCUUUGCAAUUAAACUAAAAUUGUGAUAAAAACCUAAAUACAAAGAAAAGUAAUGUUUUGGUCAAGAACGCUUUGUAAUCCAAACGGUGUUGCCCGCCAUGGUAGGAGGACGUACCUACACGCUGGUGCAAAACGAAAUAAGUUCUAUGUAAUAUCAGUUUAUUUCCUUUGCCGAUAUUUCGUAUUUUUAUAAAAAAAAAAGUUUCUCUUUUUAUUUAAAUAUAAAAAUGGCGUCUAUCAAGGAUUUGUGUGAAUUACAUAUUAUGUAUAAUAUAGAAACCAAAGGCGAAGUAAAAAGAUACAUUUAAUAUCUUGUAUUAUAAAUAUUUGUUAUAAGUGCCAAACAGUAAUUUUUGCUUGUCAGUAAUAACAUAAAAAUAAAUAUCCAGGUGGAACGGACACUCCUGUGGAUUCAAUAAUAUAAUAGCUAAAAUGGCGACCUGACGGCUCUCGGUUUUUAAUAGCUAGUCAGGGCUUGCACGCAAAAACGUUGUAGUGAAAGCGCCCUUCUCGCUCACUCGCACGUAUGUCGCAUCGUAAGUAAAUUUGCGACAACCCUGGGAGGUAAUCUUUACAGCCUCUAUAGAAGAAAAGGGUACAUUUUGGCGAUAUCGGGGUGGAUACUAAAUUUAUCUCUUAAUCUAUCUUUAAAAUUUAAAUUUCACCACAAAAUCUUUAUUGGACCACUAUAAACUAAUUUUCUAAUAAAUUUAAUUUAAAACUAAAUUAUAUUUUUAGUUUAUGAUGGUUUACAAAACAGUAAUUUUGAGAAAUUAUCCAAAAUAAUAGUUUAAGAGAUAGGUUCAAAGGAAUUCCGCCUAUUAUCUCGUUAAAAAAAAUAAAGUAUAGUAGAAUCUCGAUUAUCCGAAUCAGAUAAAACUAGAGUUAUUCCGUAUAAUCGGAAUCCGGAUAAUCGAUUUCGAAGUCAAAUAAAAAAUAUAUUUAAAUUUAAUUAUUUUUUUUAUUAUGUAAAAAAUUUUACAAAUGUUAUUUAGAUAAUACGGUAUAAAAAAAAAUUACGUAAUACCUAUUUACCCAAUUAAUGCAUAAUACUAUUUUUAAAUCGGCAAUUAGAGCCGUGAAGGAUAAGUCCGGAUAAUCGAAGUCCGGAUAAUGAAGUCCGGAUAAUCGAAAUUCAACUGUAUGUGAGUGUCACUUCUACUCAGCCUAUUUAUUUUUAUGGCAGUGAUAAAAGAAAAAAUACUAUUUAUCAAAAUAUUUACAUAUUUUCUGAGUGUACAUCAGAAUUAUGCCAAUAAUGUAACUUACUAAUGUGUCCAUAAAAUGUAUAAUGUAAAACGAGCCAUGAAAUUGUAUGUUCAUGACAAAUCUUAUACAAAAUUUAUAUAUUUAGAAGUAAUAUAGAUUAUACAAUAAUUUUUCUAGUUUAUAAGUGAACAAAUUUGUGUAAAAACAAAAACGAUAUAAUGAUGUUGAGUUUUAAUAAAUAAUUAUAAUAGUU